GCCACGCCCCCACUCUCCCACGCGACUUGGACGCUUCCGGUGUGACUCCACCUCCGGGGUCCACGUGGUGGGCAGCGCUCGGCGCAGGUCCUGCGUGGGCUCCUCCCGGCUGGGGAUGGCGGGUACCCCGGCCUCCGGUGCCGCUCCGUUCUCCUGCCCCCCCAACUUUACGGCGGUUUCUCCAAACUCGGAUUCCCCUCGUUUCUCCUUGGAGGCUUUGACACUUCCAGAUACAGAACUGUGGCUUAUCCGGGCCCCUGCAGACUUCGCCCCACAGUGCCUCAAUGGACGGCUUGUGCCUCUCUCUGGCUCGAAGACUGUUAAGGGCAAACUGGAUGGCCAGAGGUACCGAUACCGGGUCCUGACCAGCAGCCCCCAGGCGGGAGAAGCCACCUUGCUGGCAUCGUCAACAGAGGCAGGAGGUAGACUCACCUGCGCCCCAGCCCCCCAUGGAAGCUUAAGGAUCAUGGAGGGUCCUCAGAAAUAUCUCAUCUCUCGGGUCCCUCUGCAGCCCAUUCCCACAAGCCUGCCACCUCAGAUCCCUGCCGGCCUCCGGCCUCGGUUCUCUGCCUUUGGAGGCAGCCCUCCGGUCACGGGGCCUGGGUCGGUCCUGGCUCUGAGGUCACCCACUUCAGGGAAGAGGAAAAAGAAAAGAAAGGUCGCAGAGGCCUCGGCCAUUCAGGAGGCAGUGAAUGGGCAUGGGGCCACGCAGGUGGACACAGCCUGGGGUGGCUUAGAAAUGGGUAUGGGGAAGAAGAAGAAAAUGAAGCAUCAGGUGGAUGAGGUAGAGAUGAUGGAGGCCGAGGUGAUGGAGCCCGUGGCAGAGAUGGCAGAGCCUCUGGGACUGCCAAUCCCGUCUGCCACCAGCAGCAAGAAGAGGAAGAGCAAGUCCAAGGGGGCAGAGACAUUCCAGCUGGAACCUGUGGCGGAAACACAGCCUGCUGAUGGGACCGUCCUGUCUCCCACGAAGAAGAGGAAGAGGCAGAAGGAGGCCGAGGGGAUGGAGGCAGCGGAGGGCACCAUGGCUGGCUCUCAGCCACAGGUCGCUGUGGAACCCCAGGAGGAAGCCAUCCCACUGUCUCCCACAAAGAAGAGGAGAAAAGAAAAGAGGCAGAGUUUGGUGAUGGAGCCAGAGAUGGGGCCCCCUGGAGUGAUCACAGAGCCUGAACUCUCAGAACAGGGCCUUCAGGCUGAGGCAGCGCCUGUGUCCCCCAAGAAGAAGAAAAAGAAGAAGGAAAAGUGGCGGGGUGAGGCACUGGCCUUGGGGGCAGCUGACUUUGAGCCGCAGGUGGCUCCAGCACCCAGCAAGGAGAAAGAGAAAGGAGAGGAGGCGAUAGAGCCCCCGACAGAGAUGACUGAGCCAAGAGAAUCCGAGGAACCUGAGGCCGGAGCAGCUCAGGGAUCCACAAAGAAGAAGAGAAAGAAGAAAAAGGAUCAGCAAAGUGGGGUGUAAGGCACCACUCCCCACUGAGAGAUGUCUCCCACAGGACAGGAAAUAAAGCCGAAGA